CUGACGUUGUUCCCCCGCAGAGCUGAUGCAGACGGAGCUGCACCACGUCCGGACUCUGAAGAUCAUGGCGGGGCUGUUCCGCAGGGCGAUGCUGGAGGAGCUGCAGCUCGACCCGGGCACCGUGGGGCGAAUCUUCCCCUGCCUGGACGAGCUGAGCCUCCUCCACCAGCGAUUCCUGGCCCAGCUCCUGGAGCGGCGCCGGGAAUCCCUGGAACACGACAGCAACAAGAACUUCGUCAUCCACCGCCUGGGGGACAUCCUGGUCAGCCAGUUCUCGGGCCCCAGCGCGGAGCAGCUCCGGAAGGCGUACGCGGAAUUCUGCUCCAAGCACAGCCGAGCCCUCAAGGAGUACAAGGAUCUGCUGGCCCGGGACAAGCGGUUCCAGCAGUUCAUCAGGGUGGGUACGGGGCACACGGGGGGGGCUGGGGGCUGCCCCGCUCUGGGGAGACCCCCGGGAGGGGGAUUGGGGGCUCCAUUCUCUGGGAGAAACCUGGGAUGGGGAUUGGGGGGUUCAGGUUACAGGGAGACCCCCAGGAUGGGGAUUGGGAGCUGCCCCACUCCGGGGAGACCCCCGGGAUGGGGACUGGGGG